AUGCCCCGAAAAACCAUCAUCUUCGUGCGCCAUGGCGAAUCGGAGUACAACAAGGCCAUGCGCGAGACUGGGGAGGAUCCACUGCUCCGUGAUGCGAAACUCACUGAACGUGGUCGAGCACAGGCAGCUGCUGCACGGCCGCAGUUGCAAGAGCUCUUCGAGGAAAUCGGAUCCGCGGCUGGUUGGCUACUUCUCAGUUCACCACUGCGCCGUGCUCUCGAUACAGCUGCAGGGAUUUGGCCGGAAGCAUUCCAAGCCGGAGAGGGCACCUUCGAGAUUUGGCCCGAGCUUCGCGAAGUCGUGACGGGCUGCGAUGAUCUGGGCUCCACGCCAAGCAGCUCCAACUUGCCUUCCCCCACCUGGAAGCCCAGCUUGGCUGUCUGCCCGAGGUGUGGUGGACCAUCCCGACGGCUUACCAGGAUGUGCCUCUGGACGGAGAUGACCUGCGGAAUGCGUACCAGAAGGACCCUGAUGCAUUUGAGGCUGCGGACGAAGCUAUCUUUGCUAGCCGUGUGGCGCAGCUACUGGAGAAGCUAG